GCUGAAGGUUGUAAUCAAUCGUAUAUUGACCGAAUGAUAAAAGAUAAAAUUAUUCUUGGAUUAGAAAAUAAAAAAUUGCGGUCGAAGCUCUUGGAGUCAAGUCAAGAUACACUCGAGCAAAUAAUAGAAAAGUGUAAAAUUGCUGAGUUAUCCGAAACAAAUAAAAAAAUACUCAACACCGAGGAAGACGUCAUUAAAGUUGAAGCCAUAAAAAGUUUUACAGUAAAUAAAACUAAGCAGCCGUAUGUAAAUCGACAGAGGAACACUCAAACAUGUGAGCGAUGUGGGAUGACGUCAUCACUACAACAUGGUAAAUUCUGUCCAGCAGUAGUGGAAGGGAGAACAUGCAGAAUAUGUCACAAGCCUGGGCACUUUGCAGUUAUGUGCAGGAAAAAAUAUAGUGGCAGAAGAUCAAAUAGUAGCAAUUAUGUACAAGCAGUUGGAGGAGAGGAAAGAGAACAAACAGGUGCAGCAGUAAAAUCAACUCAGUCAGUAGAUCAACAACGUGCAGCAGAUCAACAACGGGGCAUACAUUCAGUAAAUAUUAAUAGGCAAUAUUAUGAUGACGCAGACGUAUAAGGCCGAUCGGUUGGUAUGAAGAAAUGUUAUUUAACAAUGUUAAAGUCAAUUUCAAAUUGGAUACGGGUGCUGAUGUCAGUUGCUUGCCAAUUAAAUACAUUGAAGAAAUGAAUUACCUGAAUUUAAUUGAAAACUCAAAUACGAAAUUGUUUGCUUAUAAUGAUAAUAAAAUCAACUCUCUUGGAAAGAUAA